AUGGAGAACGAAGAACUCUUUGUGGGGGAUCCCGAUAUUGCGGAGCUGCACACAGCUCGAGAGACUCGUCCGAUUGAACAUGUAACUGAAAACACGCCUCUAAUUGAUGAAGCCGAUGGGCUGCAUCGACGGUCUUUUGACCUUACGAAUAAUCGGCCGAAAGGGAGGAGAGCGAGUAUUUGGUGGCUGCUCCCAUUUGGUGUCCUUUUUACCCUGGGUUUUGGUGGAAUGGCUGUGCCCAAGAUCAAUUUGGUCAUGUCGCUCAUCUGCCGAGAUUAUCUCGCCGAGAAGACCACCCAAGACCCCGGGUUCACCUAUCUCCCUGUUGUAUUUGGGGAUCAUAAUCCCCAGUGCCAGAUACCACAAGUUCAGUCGUUGGUUGCUCAGUUCCAGCUCUAUCUCAAUCUUGUUGCGGGUAUAUUAUCAGCCUUAGUAAGUCCCCGGUUCGGGCACUUAUCCGAUCGCUACGGGAGAACCAAAAUGAUCGCGCUGGGCGCGAUGGGCGCGGUACUCAAUGAGGUUAUCACUGUCAUUGUGGCUAAAUGGCCAGAGCGGGUCUCGGUCAAUAUGCUUCUAGUUGGAGCAGUCAUGGAUGGAUUGGGUGGAUCAUUUACAACCGCACAGGCUUUGAUCCAUUCCUAUGCAUCUGACUGCACGCCCACGGAAAAACGAAGUGUGGCAUUUGGUCUCUUCCACGGUGCUUUGUUCUUUGGAAUUGCAGCUGGACCAGGCGGUGCCGCAUUUUUGAUCAAGCAUGGAGGCACGCUACCCGUCUUCUACAUUGCGCUUGCAUUCCAUGCAACUUUCUGUCUAUCAGUCUUCUUCAUCGUGCCUGAAUCUUUGUCCAAGGAACGACAGCUCGCGGCCCGCGAGAAGCAUCGCUUGAAAAUUGUGGAUGCUGACUAUCCUAAAUGGUACUCUUGGCGUGUCUGGAACCCAGUGAACCUGUUCACUCCGCUUGCAAUUCUGAUGCCCGCCGUUGGAAAGCCAAGUGCCUUGUUCCCCAACCGCCGCGGUGCCAGUCCGGCUCUACGCCGGAAUAUCAUUCUGCUGGCUGCUAUCGAUACCGCUGUCUUUGGAGUCGCCCUGGGCACCGUACAGGUUAUCAUCAUCUACGCCGAAUACAUGUUCAACUGGGGCAGCGUGGAGUCUAGUCUGUUUGUAGCGACCGUUAAUGUGGUGCGAGUGAUCAAUCUUUUCCUGGUGCUUCCGCUUAUAUCCAUGUUCUUCCGCACCCCGUGCGUGGAAGACGGAAACAUUCGCGGCUCGGACAUGCUGGACAUUGUUCUAAUCCGCACAUCUAUAAUAUUCGAUAUUUUGGGCUACAUUGGCUAUGCUCUGUCCAAGACACCAUCAAUCAUGGUGAUUUCUGGUGUCGUCGCCUCGCUAGGUGGCAUGGGAUCUGCAAUUCUGCAGUCAUCUCUGACCAAGCAUGUGCCGCAUGAACGCAUUGGACAGAUGCUCGGUGCCACUGGUCUCUUGCAUGCUCUUGCUCGAGUUGUCGCACCUACUGUCUUUAACUUAAUCUAUAGUCUGACGGUUGCAACAUUACCUCAGGUAGUGUUUGUGGCCCUUGCGGCUGUUUUUGGUGUAGCAUUCCUCAUGAGUCUGCUGAUCAGGUCGCAUGUUACCCUGGAGGCUGGUACCCUACUGAUCUAA